AUGUUCAAGAACAUCCAACUCCCAAAGAACAUCCUUAUGUCCGCCCAAAGACAAUACUCCUCCAAGGUUGCAGGCCAAUACCAAGGCGCUCCAAAUGCCAAUGGCAGAUACAACGUUACUUUGAUUAAAGGUGAUGGUAUCGGUGAAGAAAUCUCUGAUUCUGUUGUCAAAAUCUACGAAGCUGCAAAGGUUCCAAUCGACUGGGAACCGGUUGACGUCACUCCUUCCUUGAUCAACGGUGUCACCACCAUUCCAAAGCCAGCUGUCGACUCAAUCAAUAAGAACCAAAUUGCCUUAAAGGGUCCUUUAGCAACCCCAAUUGGUAAGGGUCACCAAUCCAUGAACUUGACCUUGAGAAGAACCUUUGGUUUGUUUGCAAACGUCAGACCUUGUAAGUCAAUUGUUGGUUACGAAACCCCUUACAAGAAUGUCGAUACCGUCCUUAUUAGAGAAAACACCGAGGGUGAGUACUCUGGUAUCGAACACAUCAUUGUUCCUGGUGUUGUCCAAUCCAUCAAAUUGAUCACCAAGAAGGCGUCCGAGAGAGUCAUCAGAUACGCCUUUGAACACGCUAGAGAAACUGGUAGACACGAAGUCAUUGUUGUCCAUAAAGCUUCAAUUAUGAAAUUAUCCGAUGGUUUGUUUGUUCAAUGUGCAAAGGAAAUUGCAAAGAACUAUCCUGAAAUCAAGGUCUCCUUUGAAUUGAUCGAUAACACUUCCUUGAAGUUAGCUUCUGACCCAACCCUCUACUCAAAAUCCGUCAUGGUCAUGCCAAACUUAUAUGGUGAUAUCUUAUCCGAUUUAUCCUCUGGUUUAAUCGGUGGUUUAGGUUUAACUCCUUCCGGUAACAUGGGUGAAAAGGUCUCCAUUUUUGAAGCCGUCCAUGGUUCUGCUCCAGAUAUCGCAGGUAAAGGUUUAGCUAACCCAACUGCUCUUUUGUUAUCUUCUUGUAUGAUGUUAAGACAUAUGGGCUUAAAUCAACACGCAGACAAGAUCGAAUCUGCUGUUUUGAAGACCAUUGCUUCCGGUCCUGAAAACAGAACUGGUGACUUAAAGGGUACUGCAUCCACUUCAUCCUUCACUGAUGCUAUUAUUGCAAACUUAUAA